UAAACAACUUCGAUUAAUAUUUAUUCAGAAACCAUACAAAACACCCGGUAUAUUAAUUUGCAUACGUAUCCUACAUGUUAUAACACCGACGCAUCAUUUAAAACAGAUAUGUAAAUAGUAAAUACACUUUUUGAUUCACAAACACCUAUAUAAAGAGAUUCACACCAAACAAACACCAUUCUUUGGUAUUUUCACUUUUAACACAAAACAAAAUGAAGUUCCUUGUUGUUAUUACCGUAUUAGCUCUGUCUUUAACAACCAUUUAUUGUUACACUAGUAAUCAAUGUUUGGGUGAAAACGAAGUUUAUAACUCGUGUGGCUCCCCGUGCAUAGCUACAUGCACCAAUCGGCAAUUUGCAAACUGUGAGGCUAAAUGUGAAGAAGGAUGUUUUUGUAAAGAUGGAUAUCUAAGAAAUGAAGAAACUGGAAGUUGUGUAUUACCAAAGGAUUGUUCUACUGGCUAUUAAUGUAAUAUUUUAAAAUAUGUGUAGGUAAUUAGAUAUAAUAAAGACUAUUCUGCA